AUGGCGACGCCUGACCUCUCGACCCUUACCUCCUCCGCCCAGGUGUUCUCCUCUAACUAUACCCUCCCACAAAUCCGCACGAUCCACAGAUCCCUCCAGGUAGAAAUCGAUGAGAAAGCGAGCCGCCUACGCACGCAGGUCGGAAAUUCAUACCGUGACCUCCUUGGCACCGCCGACACCAUUGUCCAGAUGCGCAAGGAUAAUGACGCUGUCCAGGGUGUCCUCGGGCGCAUGGGUGGCCGCUGUGGACGCAGCGUCGUUGGGUCCAAGGUUUCCGGACUGAGCGGAUUCGAGACCAGCGUCAGGGAGCACAUCCGUGGAGACGUGGGCAUCAUCGCGAGGACCAGGCUGCUUGAGGUUUGUGGGCUUGUCGUCGGGCGGGUGCUCAAGGGCUCUGGGACCGGGUGCCAGGAACUGAGCAGAGGGGACAGGGUCGUUCUCGCUAGCAAGGUUCUUGAGUUGAGCCGACUGCUGGUGAAGAGCUUGGGACAGGAGAAGGGUUUGGACGGGGACGUUGGACUCGCGGUUGAAGCUGCGAAGAAGAGCAUGGCUGGGCUGAAAAAGAGGCUAUUGCGGUACAUUGUGAGCCUGCUAGAACGCACAGGAGAUGCUGUCAAGCAGGAGGACGUGCUCAAGGCGUUAUGCGCCUACAGCUUGGCCACCAGCUCCGGCGCGCGCGACGUUGUCGAGCACUUCCUACGCGUCAGAGGUGCCGCCAUGGCAUUCGCUUUCGACGAAGACAAUGGGCGGCAGAGGAGCACGGAAGACGUGCUAAAGAGCCUGGCGCUGUACACGAAGACCCUGUUGGAUGUGCAAGCCCUCGUGCCUUACAAAUUGUCGGAUGCGCUGUCGAACCUCAAGAAGAGCCCUUUGCUGGCGGACAUGACACUCAAGAAGCUCGAAGGCCUACGCCUCGAUGUCUAUGAGCGAUGGUGCGGAGAGGAGAUCCAGUUCUUCACGCCCUUCCUUCGGCACGAUGACCUCGACGGCCCGCAGGCGAGGGACAUGCUCUUCAGCUGGGCGAAGGCGGCUGGCGAGGUGCUCGUCGACGGCCUCAAGAAGACGAUGGAGCGCAUGACGGAGUUCAAGGCCAUUACAGAGCUACGCACCAGGGUCCUGCAACUGUGGAUCCGCGAGGGCGGCAAGGCCCGCGGUUUUGACCCCUCCGAAAUGCUCAACGAGCUGCGCGGCGCCAUAAACGAGCACAUGCUCAACGUCGUUGAGACCAAGGUCAACAAGUUGCACCUCAUCGGGUCGGAGGUAUCGGCGACGCUGGAAUCGUGGCAAGACGGCGUGACGGAUAAGCCUGUUGAUCUCUGGAACGUACACAGCUUUGACAUCGACCUCAUCAAUGGGGCAGACCACUUCCUACAGGAGCUUGUAGGUCGAUUACAUGGCCGAAACGAUUCGGCCUCCAAGGCAGUAAAUGGCUUCCAGUCAUGGCGACACAUCAUCGAUGAGGUGGGUGACGUGGUAGAGCAGCUGAAGAAGCAGCGCUGGGACAACGACAUUGAGGAGAUUGAGGACGAGGAGACAAUCGAAGAGAGGCAGCAGCUGCUCAGCAAAGAUGAUCCCAGAACACUGCAUGAAAAGCUUGACUCGGCACUGAUCAAGGCUUUCAAGGACCUGGACGAGAAGCUUACGAGCUUAUGGAAUUCCAAGUCGGACGGACGGAAUAGCGGCAACGUGGCCAUGUACUUCCUGCGCAUCCUACGAGACGUGCGCCAGGGGCUGCCGAAGCUCGACAGCGUCAGGGGAUUCGGGUUGGAGGUGGUACCGUCGCUGCACGAGCGGCUGGCCAUAGCCGUCUCUGCGCAGCCGCUGGAGACCUUCGUGAGCAAGGGGCUUUCGCAAAAGGUCGUCGUCGGGCGCCUGUUGUGGGAGGGCUAUCCUGAGCUGCCAACGCAGCCUUCACCUAGGGUGUUCCGGUUCUUGCGGGAUGUGUCGAUGGCCAUGAGCAAUGCCGGGAUGGAUCUGUGGAGCGCGGUGGCUGUGGACGUUAUCAAGCAGCAUCUCAGACGGCAACUGGCUGAGAAGUGGUUCAAGGCCUUGGAGGAGUAUCUCGAGGAGAAGAAGGACGGUGAUGCCCCUGAAGAUAAGCCGACUAGACCUGUGGAGGAUGUGUCUAAGGACGAGGAUAAGGAGACGGGGUCUUCCGAAAAGGAGAAGAAAGAUGACGAGAACUCAGAAGAGAAAUCGGAAGAGGCAGAAUCGCCCGAACGACCGGCAAAGGCGGACCACAGCCAUGCCCAAGAGCGCCGCGACCUCCCAAUCCAAUGGCUGUUCGACAUCUCCUUCCUUCGAUUCUAUCUAGAUGCCCCACCGGACAGCAAAACCAACGAGCUCGAGCAGCUCGAGGACAAGGUCUAUGACAGUACGGACCUGUACAGCGACGAGACACGGCAGCGCAUCGUUAAGUCGGCGCAGGACUACCACAAGAAGACGAGCCUGCUCUUCGGCCUGCUGUGA